AUUAUCUCUCUCUUACCCGCAAUUAAAUUUCUCACUUCACUCACUCUACCAUUUUAUAACCCUAACUCCCUCCAAACACUGAAAUCUUUGUCGUCCCUCUCUUCUUCGUCUCUGCUCUCUAUGUUAGCCCCCACAUAUAUAUAAUUUAUAGAUCAUUCGUUUCUUCUUCUACACGGUGAGUGUAUCUUUUAUCUAAUGGUUUCGAUCCAAACACGAUCUUUUUAUGAUUAGCAGUAGACUCUUUACAAUUAAUUUGUGUUUCUGUUAGGUUUGGUUUUGCUAGAUGAUGAUCAAUGGUAUUUUAGAGUUUUUUUUAAUGUGUUUUUGUUGAAGAAGAAUUGGGUUUUUAUCUUUUUGAUAAGUUAGUUGCUGUGAUUUUGAAAAAGGCUCUGGUCUUCCACUUGGCUUUUUACCACUUUCCAGUCAAAUUAGCCUUUAAAGUGCUCUCUUCCAUGGUUUAUUGUGACUUACCAGUUUUUCACAUCCAUACUAAGUAAAGUUUUUAGUUUAUUCUUACCCGUUUUUAGCAUUACUUAUUUUUCUACUUUAACUCUUCUCAAACUAUUUAGUAUUUACUACUCCAUUUUCCUUCCUAUCCAUCCACCUAUGGCCCCUUCUGAUAGAACAAGAUCAAGAACGAGAGCAGGAGCCAAACCAGCAAAAACAAAAACAACCCAAUACAAGAAAAGCCGUGUCAAGUCCAAGAACAUUCAAGAAGCAUCAAUAAUGGUGGAGAAUUUGCCUUCUGAUUCUUCCACCACCACCACUACAAGCUCAAAUACUUGUUUAAAGAUUGAUGGGUUAGAUUUUGAGGGUAGCGUUGAUAUCUCUACAAGUUCAUGUUCUACACCAAAAGCUCAGAAAUUUCGAAUACCGGAGAUAGUUACAUGUCCACCAGCACCCAAGAAGCAAAGAGUUAUAUCAAAUUGCUCAUUGCAAAGGAGACCGAUCGCUUUCUUUGCCCCUCCAGAUUUAGAGCUCUUCUUCUUCUUUGCGCUUCGUGAUAUCUCAGUCUGAAAAACUGAAAUUUGUUCAUAUCAUAUGAAGGGAAGAUCAUUUCAAUAUAGUCUCAGAGUUGAUCCUUAAUAAUUAAUUAUAAAUGACUUCACUGAGUUAUAAUAGUUUGUGCUUUUCUUAUAUAUUUCAUCCUUUUAAGGUAUAGUAUGAUAGUUGAGCUUUUAGGGUGGGUGAGUAUUAAUUAGUUGAGUUAUUUUCAAUUGAUUUGUAGGGUACCCUAAUCACUAAAUUUAGUGGGAGUUGUCCGACUAAAUUUAGCCUUAUAUGCCUACUUUAUCAUUACUAUAUAUUUUCAAUUUUCAAUUUUAGAUGUAUUGCUGACUUUGGGAGUUUGAAGAGAGAGAUCAAAUUAAUGUGUAUUGGCUUGAUUUAAGGUUUGUGAGUGUGAUUUCAGUGUGCAAUUAUGAGCCUUUCUUUGUUUUAGUCAAACUUGAGAAAGUUAAAGCAUGAGACUUACUGUUUA